AUGGAGCAAACGCACAUCGAACCGCAAAUGUGCCAGCCCAUGAUCCCCAUGCCGGAUGACCCGCCGGCUGGAACGCCAAACGUACGUCCACCAUACACGAAAAAGCCAUUACGGAGCAAAAAGGUCAUAAAAAAUAUAUGCCAAUCGCUGCCCUUGGAGGAAGCACUCAAAACCGAGCUCACGACGAACAACAUGAAAACGCCAAUAUCGGUGCUGCAGGAGUUACUUAGCCGUCGUGGGAUUACUCCACAGUACGACCUGCUACAGGUGGAGGGCGCCGUGCAUCAACCGACCUUUCGCUACCGCGUAUCGUAUCAGGAUAAAGAUGCCUUGGGGACCGGGAAAUCAAAAAAGGAGGCUAAACAUGCUGCGGCGAAAGCUCUGAUCGACAAGCUCACAGGCUCGUCCUUCCUCGAUAAUCCCCAAGCAUACAUAAACAUCAACAAGUCUGACCCCGGUAACAAUCACAAUGCGACGAUGAACAGCGAAGAAGAGCCGACGGGCAACCCGAUCGGUUGGCUGCAGGAGAUGUGUAUGGCUCGCCGGUGGCCACCGCCAAUGUACGAAACGGAAACGGAAGAAGGUUUACCGCAUGAGCGCCAGUUCACGAUAGCAUGCUUGGUGCUGAAGUUCCGCGAGGUGGGCGAAGGCAAGAGUAAAAAGAUCGCCAAACGACAAGCGGCCCAGAAAAUGUGGCAACGAUUGCAGGAUCAACCGCUCGAACCGAACCAACUAAUGCAGCUGAUGGAUGACGACGGUAACGAAGAGGUUGGGUUUACUGGCCGGUACGCAGGUCUAAAAGAUGUCUGCAUACCCACCCUCUCGACAAACCAGAGCCAAAAGGUGUCCCAGUUUCAUAAGGCGCUAAAAUCGCGCACUGGAGAAGCUUUAUCUGAGUUGCAGAAUCUAAACCUGAGCGAUAGGAGUCAUGAUUUUAUCCGGUUGCUGGCAACGAUAGCCAAGGAGCAGCGCUUCGAGGUUACGUACGUGGAUAUCGAUGAAAAAACGUUCAACGGUAGGUACCAGUGUCUGGUGCAACUGUCGACGAUGCCGGUUGCCGUCUGCCAAGGCACUGGAAAAUCAAUCCAGGAAGCGCAGAUGUUCGCCGCGAGAAACUCGCUCGAAUAUUUGAAAAUCAUGACCAAAUCCUAAACGGUGCGAACGGGCCUAUGAGCAUGGGCCCUAGCUGCGAGGGUCAAUGGUUUUGAUAAUGGAAUUUUACGAUUCAGGUUUGAUAUUUAUAUUGAUGAUUCUGAACACCGGCGAUAGCGGCGGUAGGUCGAUUAGGCGGAUCACCGCUAUUGGGCAAUGGGUUUGCUAUUACUGCUGCCCGACCGGUAGGUCAGUACCAUCGUUGUGGCGAUGAUUUUAUUCUAGCACACAUUUUUCUUCGUCAGUUUUGUGUUGUUUUGCAAUUCAACUUUUUUCUACAAUCUAUUAUACAUAAAAUUUGUUUUUAUUCCUUGCGAGGAAUUUAUUUGAUUGAUUUAAGUAGACAAUUUGCGUGCAUAUUCAAAAAUUUCGUACGAAGCAAAUAUUGAAAAUACUAACAAUAAUGGUAACAUAUUGGCCGUAGCGAUGUUGAAAAUGUUUAAAAUUAGUUUGCGAACAAGCAAAAUACGCAUGCUAAUAUGCUUAUGCAUGUACCGAUUCUCGCUUUGGAAAACAGUAGUAUCAGCGAAGGUUGAAUUACAGCAAUCGCAAACACACAAGGAAGUAAAAAAGCCAAAUCCAACGCGAUUGCAAACAUUUAUUGCAAUCGUGCACUGAGGACGAACUCGAAUGUGAGGAAGUAAAAAUGUGUGUUAUGCUCAGGUCCACUAAAUGAACGAUAAUGAAAGCGCAUUCCUCCGGGGACUGCGCAUGAUUUAUCUUCUCUCCCCUAACUGAGGUGGGCGUUGGCCAUCCGGUCAAGGUUCUUACGAAUGCCAAUGUAUCGUCAUACAAGCUAUACUUUGCAUGGAACUAGUGGAUUUUAUUUUCCAAUCAAGAAACUACGAACUAAUUCUACAUCCUUGCUAUUAACGUAUUUUACAUAAAUGUUUGAUUGAGUUAUCCAACUCUUAUAUGUCGUUAUCUCAGCAAGUUUGUAAUAUUUUACUACAUAUAUUUUAUUUAAUGCAUGCACGUCCGUAAGUGGUCAUAAAUCGAAGCAUAACUAAUGGAUACCAUGGCUCGCAUUCUAACCGAACUUCACAAUUCUUUCACUGCACCCAGUAAUCUGGAACUGCUUUAUACUAUUUUUUGAUUGGAACUCCAUAGAAGCAAUUUUGCUAUCUCAGAGGAAAAAGUAAAAUGAAAUUACAUAUGUGUAGAAAGUAUUAAUGCUGCUACCACUUAGAAUUCUACUACUUCCGCAUCACGCUAGUAACAUUGUGUGUUAACAAUGAACAAUGAAAUUUAAUAAAUAUAUGAACUCGAUUAAUGUAAUACACUUACCUAGUGAGCAACGUCCCAUGCUUGUAGGAAAAAGGGCAUUAAUUUAAUGCAAAGUAUAGAGGUUGUAUCACUGAUUGGAUAAAAUAAACUGCUGGUAUUGA